AUGGAUUCCUUGCAGGCUCAGAAAAGCCAGUUGGACUUGCAGAUUGAGAUACAGAACAAGCGCUAUUUGGAAAAACUGACUGAGAUGGAAAAUCUAAACGAUAACUUGACAGACAAGAUUGGCCAAAUUGACAGAGAUAACCAGAAGUAUUUGGAAAUACUGAGUGAGAAGGAAAAUCAAAACCAUAAUUUGACAGUCAAGAUUUCCGAUCAGCAGAAAAUUAUCAAGAAACAUGAAGAAACUUUCAAGAAGUUCAACAAGGAGCAUAAACAAGCUAAAAUUUGGUUUCCUCAAUCUAAGUUAAAUGUACAAUUUGCCGAAAGGAAGAUGGAAGAAUUAGCAGAGAAGUACCGAAUCAAUCUUGAAGACAAAGUGCGCCUCUUGUACCAGAGGAUCAGGGUAGCGGAACAAAUACAUAACGAAAACAAGGAGAGCUACAAGAAGUUCAAGGAGAUGUACGAGAAAGAAAAUGAAGAUCUUAAAGAAAAGCUAGCAACGUAUCAAGAUCCAGACAGAAAGAUGAAGCAAAUAUCGGAAACAGCGAAAAGUGCAUUGCAAGGAUUGGACUUAGUGGUGCUUAAAUUUGAGGAGGGACACAAGAAUUUUCAAAACCAGAUUGCCAAAAUAUCGGAGGAGCUUGAGUCUGCAAAAACUUGGGUUAAAGAGAAUGCUGGCAAGAUCAAACGGUUAAAGCACAACGUAGAUUACUUGACCACACAACUGAAUGAGAAGGAAGAGCAAGAACGUGUGUUGAGAGAGAAAGUUUGGGAGUUGGAAUCAUCGGGGAGCAAGGAAACUGGAGAGAAGCUCAACUUAAUGAAAGAGUUUAGCCAACUUGAGAGUCAGGUGGGAAAUCUUGAGAGGGAAGUAAAGUACAAGGAUGAAGAUUUGUUGAGCCUUGGGGAGGAGAAGAGGGAGGCCAUACGGCAACUCUGCGUGUUGGUUGAUCAUCACCGAAGCCGCUACUAUGAUCUGAAGGAAGCAGUGUCAAAGAGGUCAGCUGCAACAACUACUAGAGGCAGCAAGACUACAACUUAG